AUGAAAAGAAGUCUAGAUCAGGACCUGCUGGUGAAGAAACAGGCUUUGCCUGUUAAUGGUUAUAAUGGGUUUGUUGUGGAUGGACCAGAGGUAGCGGUGGCUCGGUCGCUGGAGGGUUUCUAUGAGAAAUACGUGGAAUCCAGGAAACCAGUCAAGAUCAUCGCUCCACAAUUGGUACCCAUUGACAUUGGCCAGUUUCGGUUGGAUAGAAUUGUUCAAGCAUUGCCAGAAGCUGAAAAUGGGCUUUUACAGGUGGAGAGAAAGCACGGGCUCGGGUUUGGCCUGGGCAAGAAACGUCAAGAGAUGAGGUUUGGGCAGAUCGUGGAGAAGUUGGCCAGCGGCGAUGAUUCGUAUUAUUUGACAACACAAUACGAGAAGCAUGAAUAUGCCGAGACAGCUGCUUCAGCAGCUGACGAGGCAGCCAACGAAUCUGAGGCGUCCGACUCACCUGGGACGCCUGAAGAGGGGGAGAUCUUCGAUCACCACGACGAUCUAGAGAUCCACAGUGGGGGUGACAAAUCCGAAGACGAAGACAACGAAGGUGGUGGCUUUGGCGACGCUGUUCCAUAUGACGGUUCGGAAAGUGACGAUUCCAUUGAUCUAGAUAACCUUCGAGACGACUUUGACGAGCUAGAUCUGGGUCUGGAGAAGGCCCAAGACGAAGACGAAGAGUAUGUCGUUCCAGAACAUAAACUCACCCAGGACGAAGUGGAUGCUCGUAUUUCGACGCUUCUCCAGGCUCCACUCACUGAGCUUUACAAGAAGAAAGAGUUUCCUUUGGUUCCAGAGAUAUUCGGGCCGUUGAUUCCUCAACAGAUCAAUUUAUGGAUGGGCGCCAGCAGAAGCUCUCCAAAGACGGCUCCAGACUUCACCAGCCCUUCUAAGGAGUUGCUUGGACGGUACGUGCCCAAAGGAAACUCUUCUGGUCUUCAUCACGACCAUGCUGAUAACUUAUAUGUUUUAGUCCAAGGAAAGAAGCGGUUUACGUUGUAUUCGCCCCAGGACGCCGAAAAGCUACGUACGGUGGGCGAAAUCAAACGGAUUUUCCCCAAUGGCCUUAUAGACUAUAAGGUUAACGAAAGAGCCAGGUUCUGGAGACCCAUGAGAGCAGAUGGAGCGAUGAUCAGUGAAUGGGCAUGGUGGAUGCUUGAAAAGGGCGAUUUUUCAACCUACCUGAAGGAACAACUUGAAGGGAUGGUUGACGAUGAAGAACCAGCUGUUGAAGGAGAGUCUGAUUUGGAUCCACCCAGUUUCUCUACCGUUCCGCCAGUUCUAGCUCAUUUGGACGAAGUGCCCGAGGAGUCUCGUCAAUCCUUGGAAGAGUAUGCCAAUGCUAACUUCCCAGGGUUCCUUGAUCUUAAGAAACUCGAGGUUUGGUUAGAACCUGGCGAAAUGCUUUACCUUCCUACUGGCUGGUUCCAUGAAGUGACGAGUUUGGCUGAGGACGGUGCCGAAAGCGGUGCCCACGUGGCCCUCAACUGGUGGUUUGUGCCGCCUACGGGGCCUAGGGAGAAUCCGUACCCAGAUGGGUAUUGGAAGGAGGAUUUCCAAAAGACGUUGGCAGGUAUAAGGUACCAGAGGGAGCAGGCCGUGUAA